ACACACUUUUGUGCACAUGCACACACAAAGGUAGAUAAAGACAUGAUCAGAACUUUGCUCUUUUAGUUUUGUGAAUUUUUUUUUUUUUUCUUUCUGUGGUGUUGUGGGAGAGAAUUUACAAAAGUCACAUUUGCACUUGUCAGUUUGACCUGGUGCAGUAGCAGUGCAGGAGGGACUGGUUUAUUAAGAGAAGGCAGAGCCUCGGGUGGUCAGUCAGACUCACAGGAUGCAGAGAGCACUGAGUCUGGUUUCGCUGCUGGUCCUGGGGUCAGCCUGGACCCUCCAGGGGGCCCAUAUACUCCGGGAAACUCUCACCCUCACACAGGAGGACUUUGAUCUGGACCGGUUCAUGGGGAAGUGGUAUGAGGUGGCAGUGGCUUCCACCUGUCCUCACUACAUGCAGCGCAAGAGGGGAAACCCCGUUAUUGUUGCACUGACUCUGCAACAUGAUGUUUCUGACGGCAACUUCACAAUGAUGGCCACUACUUUCAGGAAUGGCUCAUGUCAGCAGACAUCUAGAAAUUAUGGACUAACAAACACUCCAGGACGAUUCUUCUACCACGUUGCCAAGUUUGGAGCAGAUGUUGAUUCCUAUGUGGUUCACACCAACUAUGAUGAGUACGCAAUGAUCCUUCAGCUGAGCACAGAGAAACAAUCAGGAAACACAACCACUAUAGUCAAGCUGUACGGUCGAACUAUGGAUGUGAGUCCUGCUGUGUCGGACAACUUCAAAACACUGGUGAGACGACAUGGAAUGAGUGAUGCUGCCAUCAUCAUGAAUCAGAACAAAGGUGGGUGUGUUCCAGGUGAGCCGGUGACAAACCACGCAACUCCACAACGGGGACUGCCUCAGAGGACAAAGAGAAAUGUGGCGCCACCUGUGGACGCUGGAUAUCUGACCACGUGAGGACAACAUUAUAUGAAAUCUUGUAUUUAUAACAUUUUUCUUUAAUUUAAAAAAAUGCUACUCAUAAUACACAAUAUUCAGACUCUCACAGAUCACACUGGAGCAGUAGUGUGCAACUGUAAACUACUACUACUACUACUGCUAUACUAUAAUACUACUAUCAAAUACAAUUGGGUAUUUUAUGUACCCACAUUUUAAAUUUCAUUGUCUUUUUAGUAUUUAUUUUUGGCAUUUUAUGCCUUUAUUAGAGCAAGAGAUGACAGGAAAUGAAGAAAGAGAGGUGUGGAAUGACCUGCAACAAAGGUCCUCAGCUGGGCACCUCACCAUUGUCAUUUCAUAAACUAUGGCAGGCAUUUUCACCCCUCUGUUUAUGUCAGACCCUUACUGUGCAUGUACAAAUACUAAAUGUAAAACAUAAUAUGACACAUAUGGUACAUAAUAUGAUACAUAUGGUAAUUCUGUCCAAAUUAAUUAAAUUAAUAAAAGUUUAACUAUUAUGCGGUGAGAGAUCAUGAGAUAAUCAUCGUGUCAUGCUACCGAUGAUAUCGAACAUUUUCCUCAGUUAAGAAAAUAACAGUUUUGUUCACACUGAUUUCUUAUGAAAAUUUUACUAUAUCACUGUUUUAUUGUAUUUUCACAUAUAUGUUUGGUAUGUCCAAAUCAAUCUGUAAUGUAGGGGCUUUGUAAAUAAAGUGAUUCAGUGUA